AGAGCAAGUUGCUAGAAAGCCGGCCGGGAAAGAGCGUAGCAGCAAGCAAAUUCGCCCUUUUGAUUUUAUGACUUGCCUCGUUCGAUUAAUUCUUGGUCGUUGGAAUUUAGCCCCCACCACCAGGUCAAUCAAUCUGCCUUAUCCAUCCUCACGUAUUAUCCGUCCGCCCAUCCUCGAACCCGCGAUUUCUUCAACACGCGUAUCCUGGUUGCCCCUCGUUAUUAUUAUUAUUUUACUACACAAACUCAACCCGCCUCUCCCGCAGUUCCUCUCGUGGUACCAGCGCUGCUCCGCAUACCGAUUGACACCUUCUCUCCGUCUCCACGCUCUUUUUCUUGCUCGUCGAGCCGCCGGCGCGUCUUCGACCCGACUGCUUCUUCUCCGACAUCCGCGACCCGUCUCGAACCGACAAGCCAUUGUGAUCCCGCAACCCACCCGGCGCCGUCUCCGAUCGACCUCCGCGACGAAGGUAGCGCCGCGCCCGACUGGACGCGAAGCUCUCGCCCGUCGUCGCAACGAUCUAUCCGACCCUGCUACCCGUUUCGGAGAGCCUUGCUCUGGCGGGCCGUCCUUCGCGCGCGCGCACCCCUGCCCUGUUUGGGCUUCACUGUUCCCGCCAUGGCUCACAAUGGUAACGGCUCGAUCUACGGUCAGAACGGUGCACCUAUACCUCCGCCUUCCCUGCCUCGGAUAGACAACAGGGCGAAACCAGAAGAGUGGUGGUUCAAGGAGAAUGGUCGGCACUAUGACACAUUCCGGAGAGGCAAAUACAUGUUUCCGAUGGACGAGGAAGAAAUGGACCGGAUGGACAUAUUUCACCAGUUCUUCCUGGUCGCGCGACGGGGCGAUUCCCAUUACGGAGGCCUAUGUCAGCGGCCACUUCCUGAUCACCCGCGAAUCCUAGAUCUUGGCUGUGGAACCGGCAUAUGGGUGAUCGACAUGGCAGAUCGCCAUCAGGGUCGAGCUAGUAUUCUUGGCUGGGACCUCUCCUUGAUCCAACCCUUACGAAUCCCUCCUGGCGUCAGGUUUGAGCGCCGCGAUAUCGAAGAGUCCUGGACGGGCGUCGAGGAGGGCUCUUUUGACCUCAUCCGCAUGAGCAUGCUCGCGGGCAGCAUACAGAACUGGUCGAGCUUAUAUAGCCGGAUCCUCAGAUACCUCAAGCCCGGAACCGGGGUGUUCGAACACAUAGAGAUUGAUUUCACCCCUAGAUCCGAGGGCGGCGAUCUACCUGAGGACUCUCAGCUCCGGUUGUGGGCGCGGGAACUGACCGAGGCUAUGGCGAGGGCCGGUCGACCAUUGACGUUAGACCCCAAUACGGCCGGGAUGCUGCAACACCUUGGCUACGUCGACGUCGAGCAAGUAAGCAAGCGUAUCCCGUUCAAUUCCUGGCCGCCGGAAGAGCACGAGAGAGAGUUGGGCAGGUGGUUCAAUCUUGGGGUUACACAAGGGCUACACGCCUUAACAAUAGCCCCUUUAACGAGGAUGAACGGCUACGAUCCGGAACAAGUCGCGAUACUGAUCGAGAGAGUGCGGAAGGAGAUGUGCACUCGCGGAAUGAGAGCUUUCUGUACAAUGUAUGUUUGGACCGCCCGGAGACCAUCAUCGAUACCGGGCCAACGGGUGUGAGUGCUCUUCGGCUGCCUGCAAUGCAACCGUUGGACUGGUACUUGCCUCUUUGCGUGCUGCUUGGACCAAGAUUUCGCUCCGAUUGCUUGUGCCCACGAGUCCAUGCCAGACGUCUACAGAGCAUGAGCAAACCCCCUGUCAUAGUUAUACUCUCUGCGAUGGUCUUCUCCCCACCUCUUUUCUACUACCUAACCCAUUCAGGAGCCCCCCGGAG